AUGGCACGGGCUAGGGAGGAAGCAGGGGACAGCCAGCUGGUGUCUGGCAGGGAGCCAUCCUCAGGUAUCAUCAGAGUGACUGUCAAGACGCCACGGGACAGCAAGGAGUUCUGGCUGGCAGAAAACAGCAACGUCCUCCGCUUUAAGAAACAAAUCUCCAAAUACCUUCACUGUGAUACUGACCGAUUGGUGCUCAUCUUCACUGGGAAGAUCCUCCAGGAUCAAGACAUACUGAGCCAGCGCGGUGUUCUUGAUGGCUCUACGGUCCACGUGGUAGUGAGGACUCGCUUGAAAGGGUCAGCCUGCGCAGGAACUCUGGCAGGCCCCACAGGCCACAGUACCCACCGUUCAGAACCACUGGCCUCUGACAGUGCUAGGGUGCUAGCCAGGCUGGGUCGCCUGGCCCGGCGCUCACCGGACCUAGCUGAUUUCUUCAGCCAGCUUGUCCAACUGCUGACAUCAGCACCAGAGUCUUUGGUGCAAUUCUUGGAAGAUCCUCUGAUUCAAGGAUUGGCAAAUGCGAAACAAGCCAAUGGCAUGCGCCUUCCGGAAUCCUCAAAGAAGACACAGAAACGAGACUCAGCUCUCAAGUUUCCGGAAAACUUUCAGAAGCCUGCGCGACAGCAGGAGGUCCUGCAGGAACACAAGCACAGGCUAGCGGCCCCGAAAGCUGUGCCAGGAGGCGACAACGCUAUGCGUCCCGGGUUCUCUGAUAUCCAGCAGAUCAUGCUCUCCACUCUGGCCUUAUUGGCGGCCUCUAAAGGCCACCUUCCAGGCUCAGAGCUGUGUAGAGGGGAAGCCAACAACGCUCACUGCAGUUCUGAUCCUCCGGUCAGGACCUUGGCACAGGAGGUUAGUACAGGAGGAGUUACCCAGGUCAAGGGCAUACAUUCAAGUCAGGCGAGUUCACGGUGCCGACCUGGUACACUAGACCUACAACCAGAUCCAGAUCUCCCCUCCCAAGAGAGCCUGCAGCCGGUGGAGAAAGACCCUGUAAGCAGUCAGCUCUCGCCGCUUGUCCUGUGCCGAGCGGUGAACGUCCUGCAGCAGAUUUCAGCUCUGCUCCACCAGCUGGCAACUGGCAGCCCCCUGCUCCAUCAUAUACCACUUCUCCCCGCCCUCACCAACCCUCGGGUGCUGCAGGCGUUGCUACAGAUAGAACAAGGCCUACAGACGCUGUCCAGGGAGGUGCCUGAGCUGGGACUCUUCUUGAGAGGUUCAGCUAAACCACGUGGGGCUAGAGGAGUCUCAGAAACCAGGGGGAGAAGACAAGCCCACAGAGAAGACACCACGCAACACUCCUUGGCUCUUGAGCUCUUCCGAUCCUCGGCCAACACCUGUUCCCAUUCUACCCAGAGCGAGCUGUCCUCCACCCUCCUCACCGAAAGUCGCUACCAGCGCGAACUGGAGCAGCUGGAGGCCUUGGGUUUUUCCAACCGCGACGCAAACCUGCAGGCGCUUAUAGCCAUGGAUGGAGAUAUCCACGCUGCCAUUGAGAUGCUUCUAGGGGCUCCGCAGGUCUAG